UUUUACAAACAAUAUAUUAUGCGAUGUGUUUCAUAUGUGCACUGAUGGAUACAUUAUGUGAAACAACCGAUCGUGGGCCACAUAAAAAACAUCCAACGACACCAAGUUAUUGGCGAAAUUCAAAACUUCAUCAAAUUUCCGAUUUCAUGUACUUCACUAGCGUUUUACCUGUUGGUGCUACGACCUGUUUAGUUUUUUGGUCUUUAUAUACUUUGGAGCCAACAUUAGUAAUGCCAAAAUGGAUCGAAGAGUUAAUUCCACCGUUCCUGAAUCAUAUUACCCAUACGGCACCAUUACCGUUCAUUCUGGUUGAUACACUUUUAACUUGUCAUCGAGCACCUUCACGAAAGAAUGGUACCAUUAUCAUUGGUGCGCUAGUUGUGUUCUACUUCUGUGUCAUCUUUGGAGUACGCUAUUUUGAUGGUUACUGGCUUUAUCCAUUCAUGCAAUAUUUAUCAGUAAUAUCAUUUAUCAUGAUGUUCUUCAUAUCCUUCAUCUUUUUAUGGCUUCUGUAUAUUUUUGGCGAUACACUGAAUGUUAUGCUCUGGGGUGGCGCAACACAUUCCGAACCAUCAGAGAAAGGAAAAUAGGAUCAAUUAGUCAGUUUUGAACUUCUCCUUCAGUAUUCAGUAUAGUUGUUCACUUCACGUCUAAUUACUUUCUUUGUGUACUAUAAUUUUUCCUUUUU